CCAGUCGCCGCGCCAUUCUCCUACUCCUCCGCGCUCACUGCUUUUUGGUCUGGUCAUCAAGUCUCAUUGUCGAUCCUCUCUUCGGUUGGUCUUCAAGCUCCUCUUCCAAGAUCAGUCCUCAUCACGACAUCACCGGUGUUUAUCAACCUGCAGUGGCAGUGUGGCUCAAUCAAACAAUUACUUAGUCCUUUCCACUCUUCUCUCUUGAAUCGUUAUUCUAACUGCCACCGGCUUGGAGAGGGUCUUUCGCUCUCCUUCUCCUUGUCCUUCUCCAAUCCACGGUGAUGACUACUCAAAGGAAGAAUAUAUGUGUAAAUGAGUCAUACGAUUGUAAUCUUGAAGAAUUGUUGAUUAAACACAACACUGAUGCUAGGUGGUCAAGCAAGCACCACACAUGGAAUUUGGAUCCUGUUAAAGCAUCUAUUAAUUGGAACUUAGAAUGGCCUACAUUAGAUACGAUGCAAUUGGUGCAGGGCAUGAUAACAUCUGUCAUAGAAUUUUAUGAUAAGAAUGGAAUUCACGGUUAUCUUCAUAAUCAUAAGAACUUUUUGUUGAAAUUUGGAAUGAAGUGCUAUUUAGGUGCACAUGUGAGAAACAUCGUUAAAGUUUUUAUUGUGCAUGAUGAUAAGUCAGAGAAAAAGAAUAGUGAUUUGAAAGAGAAAUUCAAAAAUGCUGAUGUAACUGAGUUGGCUAGCAUGAUUUGUCAUAUCAUACUUGGUAAAGAGAUGAAAGAGCUAUCUUCUAAUUGGAUUAACCCAAUUGACAGUGUUAAUAUGCUAUACACGACUGAUAGACAUAAAAAUGUUAUUCCAGUGGAAUUCGUAAAGAAUCAUCCAGCAUUGUGGGCAUGGCGAAAAAGAUUGAUGUUUUAUGAGGAAUGUUGGGUUCGAGCUAGACAUGCGACGGCUGACAUGCACAAAUAUAAUAGAAAAAGAGAUUACAUCCACAAGUGGGUUAGAAAUAUUGCAAUCAAUAUCAAAUUUGUUGAUUGGUCUUCUAAUAUUCCUGUCGAUACACCGAUGCGACGACUUUUUAAUGAUAUGUGUGGGCGGUCUAGAUUAAAAACAGAUAAUGGCUAUGAUCUCCUUCACUUUCACAGGGUUUUUCAUCAUCACUACUGUGAUCAAGAUAAGUCGCAAAAUCUCAUUGUACAUCAAACUGAUAGCAAGGAUUAUAAGGACAAAGAAUUUAUAGAAAUUGUAACAACACAGUAUUUUUCAUUGUUUUUUGUGACCAUAUACAAAACAUUAUGCACGUAUGAUUUAUUUUUUUAGGUAUGUGCUUCUAGAAUUUAAUAAAGCUAUUAUUUUUUUUUUGUAAUUAGAAUUUAUUAUAUUAAUGUAUCUUUUUGUGCAAGUUCCUUUUAUCUGGUCGCAAAAUCUCAUUGUACAUCAAGCUGAUAGCAAGGAUUAUAAGGACAAAGAAUUUAUAGAAAUUGUAACAACACAGUAUUUUUCAUUGUUUUUUGUGACCAUAUACAAAACAUUAUGCACGUAUGAUUUAUUUUUUUAGGUAUGUGCUUCUAGAAUUUAAUAAAGCUAUUAUUUUUUUUUUGUAAUUAGAAUUUAUUAUAUUAAUGUAUCUUUUUGUGCAAGUUCCUUUUAUCUGGUGUAGGAAUGUACACUACACUUCCUACACUAGAUAAAAGGAACUUGCACAAAAAGAUACAUUAAUAUAAUAAAUUCUAAUUACAAAAAAAAAUAAUAGCUUUAUUAAAUUCUAGAAGCACAUACCUAAAAAAAUAAAUCAUACGUGCAUAAUGUUUUGUAUAUGGUCACAAAAAACAAUGAAAAAUACUGUGUUGUUACAAUUUCUAUAAAUUCUUUGUCCUUAUAAUCCUUGCUAUCAGUUUGAUGUACAAUGAGAUUUUGCGACUUAUCUUGAUCACAGUAGUGAUGAUGAAAAACCCUGUGAAAGUGAAGGAGAUCAUAGCCAUUAUCUGUUUUUAAUCUAGACCGCCCACACAUAUCAUUAAAAAGUCGUCGCAUCGGUGUAUCGACAGGAAUAUUAGAAGACCAAUCAACAAAUUUGAUAUUGAUUGCAAUAUUUCUAACCCACUUGUGGAUGUAAUCUCUUUUUCUAUUAUAUUUGUGCAUGUCAGCCGUCGCAUGUCUAGCAACAUGAAUCUUCUUCGCCAUGCCCACAAUGCUGGAUGAUUCUUCACGAAUUCCACUGGAAUAACAUUUUUAUGUCUAUCAGUCGUGUAUAGCAUAUUAACGCUGUCAGUUAGGUUAAUCCAAUUAGAAGGUAGCUCUUUCAUCUCUCUACCAAGUAUGGUAUGACAAAUCAUGCUAGCCAACUCAGUCACAUCAGCAUUUUUGGAUUUCCCUUUCAAAUCACCAUUCUUUUUCUCUGACUUAUCAUCAUGCACAAUAAAAACUUUAACGAUGUUUCUCACGUGUGCACCUAAAUAGCACUUCAUUCCAAAUUUCAACAAAAAGUUCUUAUGAUUAUGAAGAUAACCGUGAAUUCCAUUCUUAUCAUGAAAUUCUAUAACAGAUGUUAUGAUUAUGAAGAUAACCGUGAAUUCCAUUCUUAUCAUUCAAGGAUCUAGAACAUACUUCAAAUUUAGUUGGGUAAUUUUUCGUAACUAGUUUUCAAUUUUUAGCUAGUUUUGGUUGGUUGAGCAGUUAAAAAAAUCAACAUUGGUUGGCUUUCAAUUGGCUAGUUAUUGUUUUUCCACUUAUUUUCUUUAUUCCAACCUCAAUUGUAUAUAAGACAGAACAAUUACUGUGAUUGAAUGAAAACUUGCAGUUGUCCACCAAGUGGAGGCAUUUCUAUCA